AUGGCCGACGUCGUCCGGCUGCGUCGCAGAGCCCGGCAGCACGUUCCCUUGCGGCCUUUGCGCGCGACCUGGUUUGCCCAGUACAAGGACCUUUGCACGGUGAAGCAGAGUGACAUUCUCAACGUCGGGGUGCAUUUCCAGGCAGCGUCGCGCAGCGGCGGCCAGCGGUCGAGCCUCCACUUCACGCCCUUGCGUGACGAGGCUGGGCGCGACGCGGCGCCAGCGCAACUCAGUCGCACGCUGGCGGCGCUGUGGGGCGUCGCGCGCGACCGCGCGCAGUCGCGCCAGAGGGGCCCUGGAUUCCGCAACGUCUGCGUUGUUCGUCCUGCUGCUCUAGAUGCUCACGUGGCAGAGGCCGCUGCCAGGGGCGAGCGCCAUUGCGCGGCCCCCCGGGCCGACCAGUCCAAGACCCACUUCGUCCUGGACAUCCCAUUGCCGCUUCAACUUGAAGUGGGGGUGCACGGGUGCGAGACGUGCCGUGCCCAUGGCGCACGUGGCUGCGGAUUUCCAGUGACAUUGGCGGAUAUCCGAGCAGCCUGUCCUGGGGUGUUGGUGCUGCAGACCGAGAAGCACGGCCUCAUCCUUGCGACGCGCUUCUUCUUGCUGCACUUGCUCCAGAAUUUCAACGAGGUGUUCUGCGGGCGGGCCUCUCGCCGAGCAAUUGCAGAGUACUGCAGUGCAAAUUGUCUGGCUUUCUCAGUGGGCUCGCGCGCGCUCUGGUACUUGUCGGCAGUGCCAAGCAAUUGCGCGCUGAGGGCUUUCAUAUGCGACGCGUUGGAGAACUACCUGGCCCCCCUGGUGGAGCACAUGAGAAAACACGUCAACGUCUACAGUGGCUCCGUCGUCAGAGGGGACGGUAAUUGGGACCUCGCCGUCCGCGUCCUCAACAACAAGGAGCGCGAGUUCAGCGUGAUAUUGGGUUGGAUUGGCGUGGAUGGCGCGCCCCUCAAGCCUGUCAUUGCGAGCAAAACCGAGGACCUUGUCGACCUUCUCCCCGACCUCGACGACGUCGCAUCCAGCCUCAAACGUGACCGCCUAGAAGCAGGCUUGGGCCUGGCCGCCAGCGCGCCCAUUUGCCACUGCGCGGACGUCUACGGCAAGCAUCGAUUGAAGCUCGCCGAAUUCUACAUGGGCAAGUACCCCGAACAGACGACUACCGUCGUUGCCGACACUCCGAAAGCCGACGGUUCGCAGGCAGUGGAUCGCUUCAGUGAGCCCCUGACAGCCAUCGCUGGCGACCCCGUUCACGACGUCAUUGCGUUGCGGCGGUGCGCGAGCCCGUCGUGCAACGACUGCCGGGAUUUCAUUCACGACCACCAGGACAUUUUGUCACGUUUGUCAGCGCCGCCGGACGCCCCGCCUGCCGGGCAAGCGCCUGCGCGCCCGCGCACGCGCGAUCUGUUUGAGGCGGGCGUGACGCUGCUCAGGACCGCUGUCGAGAAGACCGUAGCGACGUUCCAGGCAAGCAUGGGCGCUGAUGCCGACGGAGCCGCGGACCUUCGACGAUUCCUGCAGUUGCCGAACGUGUCGAAGUGCCGCCUUUGGAAGAAGGAGUUCGGCGCAUACCCCCCGCGGGGAGUGGUGUCGCGCAUCGCGCGGCGUGCUGGGGUUCAAGUGGAUUCGUCCAUGGCCUUUCGCGGGCGCGCCUCCCCGAAGCAGUUCGAGGCGGAGCGGGUCCGUGGCCUUCGCAGCGUCUGGGCCGCCAAGGUCCGGGCGCAUUACCGUCGCCUCUUGAAGCCCCUGCGAGUUGAGGGCCUGUGGGCUUGGCAGUCAGCGGCGCGGGCGAUCCGGGCCGCGGGGGUGCCCGUUCAGUCGGGCACCGUGCCCGUGGAGCGCCUGUGGGAGUGUCUUAAGGGGAUGCUCCCGCGGGGCGCUCGCGCGGUGUCGCUGCGCUGGUUCAACGUCCUCAGCCAGCUCGCUUUCCUGCGGUUUAAUUACCGCCACUACGGCACUGGUUGUUUGCCGCCGUGGGCAGAGCGAGACGCCCUGCUGGCGCAGCGCUUGGAGGCCGUUGUCACGCUCGGGGUUGAGCUCGAGGAUGACGACGGCCUCGACCAUUUGAAGCACUUGUUCGCACCCUUCCUUU